UGGGAGACCAUAUAUAGUGAAUGCAGGGGUCCGGGGAGACCAGAUAUAGUGAAUGCAGGGUCCGGGGAGAGCAGAUAUAGUGAAUGCAGAGUUCCGGGAGAGCCGAUAUAGUGAAUGCAGGGGUCUGGGGAGACCAGAUAUAGUGAAUGCAGGGUCCUGGGAGAGCCAGAUAUAGUGAAUGCAGGGUCCGGGAGAGAGAUAUAGUGAAUGCAGGGUCCGGGGGAGAGUCAGAUAUAGUGAAUUGCAGGGUCCGGGGUGAGACGGGAUAUAGUGAAUGCAGGGUCCGGGAGAGCAGGAUAUAGUGAAUGCAGGGUCCCGGGAGAGCGGAUAUAGUGAAUGCAGGGUCGGGGAGACCGGAUUUAGUGAAUGCAGGGUUCAUGGGGAGACCAGAUAUAGUGAAUGGCAGGGUCCGGGGAGACGGGAGACCGGAUAUAGUUGAAUGCAGGGUAUGGGGAGACCACGUAUAUAGUGAAUGCAGGGUCUCCGGGGAGAGGGGAUAUAGUGAAUGCAGG